GUCCCGUUUUAUACAGCUGCAUUGCUCACCCGCUGACUGGGCCGACCGGGCGUCCUCGUGUCAUGAAUUCCCCAAUCAGGCCCCGGCGGGCAGGUCUAGAACGCCGGUGGAAAGUCGCAGCCCGAGGCCCUCUUGGCUGUCAGUCAGUCUCUGCGUCUGGCCCUCUGGCCCUUGGGUCAUUUCCCAGGCGUCAUGAUCCUUUCCUUUCCCUCUCACGCUCUCGAAACCGAACCGCGAUUCCAUCCGGCCUAAACUUUCGCAAGCCUGGAUGGCUCUUUCUCUCUUCUUCCCCCCUUCAAUCUCUCGCCCUUCCCCACUGUAUCAUCAUCAUCACUAUCAGCAUCAUCAAUACUACCACCACCGUCCUUAACCUACUCUUCUUCUUCUUCUUCCCCUCCUCUUCCUCCUCCUACUAUUUCCCCCCCCUCCCUCCCUCUCUCUCCUCUUUUUACUUGUCCAGUCCCUGCUCUCCCCGACCGUCUGUUUCGCCUCUGCUCCUCCACAAACACACUUCCCCCCCCUUACCAUACCCUACCCUCCUCACCCUACCUUACCUUACCACCCUGGCUCUCGCUUCAUUCGCUCCGUGCGGCCACACCAGUCAACAGCGUUCCAUGUGUUUUUGGUGAUCCCACCAAACUUCCAUUCCAACCCUCACAACCAUUCUUUAACCCCCCCCCCGAUUACAUCGGUCUGUGAACGGGUCACCCAUCGGCUGCCGUUG